AACGCCACCCUCCUUCCGUUUCUGUUUUCAGCAUCAAUUACUUUUUAUUUUUUUCAGAGCCUCCUUCACCAAACUCCGCUCUGUUCAGCCCGUGAUCUUUUGAUCUUUCUCUAUGGCUACCAUUUCCAAGCUCUCUAACCCCAACCCAGUCGCUUCUCUUUCAUCAUCUUUCAAACCCAGAUCUUCUUCAUCGCUUAAAUGCUUCGUUGGGUUCCCUACCAGGCCUGGUUUCAGCUCUAAGCUGGUUUCAUCUUCUAGCUUGUCCUCGAUAAACACCCACCCUUUCAGGGGCUCCUUGGUUGUCAGGUGUUCUCUUGCUGAUGGAAACGGUAGUUCAGUGAAGAGGACUACUUUGCAUGAUCUGUAUGAAAAAGAAGGGCAGAGUCCAUGGUAUGACAACCUUUGCAGGCCAGUGACCGAUUUGCUGCCACUGAUUGCAAGUGGGGUUAGAGGUGUAACUAGCAACCCAGCGAUUUUCCAGAAAGCUAUAUCUUCAUCAAAUGCUUACAAUGAUCAAUUCAGGGAACUUGUGCAAUCAGGAAAAGAUAUCGAAAGUGCUUAUUGGGAGUUGGUGGUGAAGGACAUCCAAGAUGCCUGCAAACUUUUUGAGCCAAUCUAUGACCAAACAGAUGGAGGUGAUGGUUAUGUUUCUGUUGAGGUUUCUCCCAGACUUGCUGAUGAUACUAAUGGGACCAUUGAGGCAGCCAAAUAUCUUCAUGAAGUGGUUGAUCGUCCCAAUGUGUACAUUAAGAUCCCUGCAACAGCACCAUGCAUUCCUUCAAUCAAGGAAGUUAUUGCGAAUGGCAUAAGUGUGAACGUCACUCUCAUAUUUUCGCUUGCUAGAUACGAGGCUGUCAUUGAUGCUUACUUGGACGGCCUUGAGGAUUCUGGGUUGAGUGAUCUCUCCAGGGUUACUAGUGUAGCUUCCUUCUUUGUCAGUAGGGUAGACACCCUCAUUGACAAAAUGCUUGAAAUGAUUGGAACACCAGAAGCCCUUGAUCUCCGAGGAAAGGCUGCUGUAGCACAAGCAGCUCUGGCAUAUAGGCUCUACCAGAAGAAAUUCUCCGGUCCAAGAUGGGAGGCUUUGGUGAAGAAGGGUGCCAAGAAACAGAGGUUGCUCUGGGCUUCAACUAGUGUCAAGAACCCUGCCUACCCUGACACCCUAUAUGUUGCUCCUCUCAUUGGACCUGACACGGUCUCAACCAUGCCUGACCAAGCACUCCAAGCCUUCAUAGACCAUGGCACAGUUUCAAGGACGAUUGACGCAAACGUGUCUGAAGCUGAAGGCAUCUAUAGUGCACUUGAGAAGUUGGGGAUUGACUGGGGCAAAGUCGGUUCACAGCUGGAAGACGAGGGAGUGGAGUCUUUCAAGAAGAGCUUUGACAGCCUUCUCGACACAUUGCAAGAGAAGGCAAACACUCUUAAAUUUGUGAUUUCUUAGAUUUGCUGUCACUGCAAACACAAUAAAAAAACAAGCUGGAGUUGGUUCCUGCUGUAAAAGAAAGUUGGUGGGCGAGCGUUAUGCGAGACGUUGAAUAUUAUGUAAUAUGAAGCACCGAGUGUUUGUUUAAUGGAACUUUUGUUUUGUGCUUUUGUUUUA